GAGUGAGCAGCGCGAGCGCUUCAUUAUAUUCUACCUGCUGCUGAUCACACGCUGAUCAAAUCAUGGGCAAAUCUCAGUCGAGACGCUGCUGCCUGUGCGUACUGGCUUUACUGUGCUCUGUUGCAAUUAUCUGCAUUUGCAUAAUUUUAGCAACCAAACAGAGAUGCGCCUUCACAAACGCUGCUGUUGCUGCGGACUCUCUCAUGUGCUCCGAUAUCGGAAGGGACAUGCUGCUUCAGGGGGGCUCAGCAGUGGACGCAGCCAUCGCAGCGCUGCUCUGCACUGGACUGGUCAACCCACAAAGCAUGGGCUUGGGUGGAGGGGCCAUCUUUACCAUCAUGGACAAAACAGGCAAAGUGAAAAUCAUCAGCUCAAGAGAAACGGUUCCAAAAAAUGUCAGAGCGGAUUUGCUGAAUAAGUGCUCGAAAAAAAUGGCGUUUGAAACAGGAAGUCACUGGAUAGGCGUACCAGGAGAAAUCCGUGGCUAUGAACGGGCUCAUCAAUUGUAUGGAAAGCUGCCCUGGGCCAAACUGUUCGAGCCCUCCAUCAAGAUUGCACGAGAGGGAUUUCCCAUGCCAGUCUUCCUCUGUCGAUUCUUGCAAAUGAUUAACCGGACAACUUUUAGAGAACAGCUCAUUUUUGGGUCUGGACUCUGUGAACUGUUCUGCCACAAGAACAAGACAUUUUUUGGCCCAGGGGACAUCCUGAAGUUUCCCCGGCUUGCCGAAACAAUGGAAACUAUUGCCAAAGAAGGAGCCGAUGCCUUUUACACUGGAAAAAUCGGCAAGGAUUUAAUACAGGAUGUACAAGCGAGAAAUGGAACAUUAUCAUUAGAAGAUCUGAGCACUUUUAAGGUCAGAGAGAGUGAUGCGUGGACAGUCCAAAUAGGAGACUAUAAGAUGCACUUCCCUCCUCCACCAGCAGGGGGAGCGAUACUCAGCUUUAUCCUGAAACUAAUGCAUGAGUUCGGGCUCUCUCAAGCCUCCAACCAUGGAGACCAGAAAACCUUGACUUUGCAUCGCUUCCUAGAGGCGGUUAAGUUUGCAAAUGGACAGAAGCGUAACCUCAAAGACCCCCUCUUCAACCCCAAUAUGACGCACAUCACAGAUGAGAAGUUCAUCCAGCUUAUCAGGGCUCUGAUCACUGACGGCCACACACACAACCUCUCUUACUAUAACAUCGCCCCAUCAGUCGACCACUUUGGCACCACACAUGUUUCAGUGAUGGCAGCAGAUGGCACUGCUGUUUCAGUCACCAGCACCAUCAACCACAUGUUUGGGUCAGCUGUUUACUCUCCUAAAACGGGUGUCAUCCUCAACAACGAGCUUGCUGACUUCUGCGGCCGAGCAGAUAACAUCAAUCCAGGCGAACAGCCUCCCUCCUCGAUGGCUCCUACCAUCCUGCAGUCCGUGUCCCAGCAGAAGACUCUGGUGAUUGGUGGAUCAGGAGGAAGUAUGAUCACCGCAGCCAUGGCCCUGUCCAUUAUGAACCACUUGUGGUUUGGGAUGAACCUUGACGAAUCUAUCGCUGCUAAAAUAGUAUUUGUGGACGCCAAUAAUAACCUCAACUUUGAGAAAGGAUUCAACGAAUCCCUUAUUAAGGCAAUGAAGGCGUUCGGACACAAAGUAGAGGACAACCCAUACUUUUUCAAUGUGGUCAAUGGCAUAUCGAAAGAAGGACAGUGCAUCAGUGCCGUAUCUGACGCCAGGAAGAACGGCAGGUCGGCGGGAUACUGACCCUGCUUCUGUUUGUGCCGUCAGCUGUUGGAGAUGUGGUGAUUCAUCAGGUUCGGGAGGAAGUGAGGGUGGAAGCAAAGGGUCAGCGCUUCCUUUCAGCGACGCCUGUACACACCAUAAAUUCAAACACGGAGUGAUUGUGCACUGGGGUGUACUUUGUUUCCGUACAUGUCCACUUUUUUUGGUCUCUUACAAAAGAGAAUUACUGUAAGAAUUGGGUGCAAAUUAAUGUCUUUGACCGGGGCUAGUUGUCACGUGGAGGAAGUUGAUCACAAGUGCAAUGUCUCAGAAAACACACUGGGAUACAUUCAUUAACUAUUUAAUAUAGGUCACAUCACCCUGGUUCCCUUGAAAAUAAACCCAAUAGGAUUUUUCCCAUUGGGUUUUGGAUUAUUGCAGAAAAUAACCUCUGUGACCAAACCAAAUUAUGAUUCUUCCCCAUUCUGUUCAUCAUGACAAUCUUUACAAAUUAACAACUUUUAUGAAAUUUUCAGCUCAAAUACUACUAGGAUUUGUAGUAUUUACUUUUUAGUAGUAAAAAGCUAAACAUUGGCUAUAAAGGAACUACAUUACAGUUGCAUGACUGUACCACAAUUAAGCUUCCAACAGCUCUUUCAGUCUUUGUAUACAAUUAUUUUUUCCUGAAAGCACACAGAGGCUGUAAUUUAUAAACACAAAAGGCUGUAAAAGCAGAUUAGUGCUUUAGUGCAGAUUAGAUGAGCUUACCUGUUCGCUGUGACGACUUUUAUCGUCUCCAACAACCUCUCCCGUUUAGCCACUUACAGCAACACACUACACACAAGGAGGUAUUACUGAUGUACAACCCCAUUUACACAAAAGUAUUGUAAAAUGCAAUAACAUUCACAAUCUGUGAUUUGAACCUUUUUUUUAUCUGACAAGGGUACAAAGAAAAUGAUUCCAAUGUUUCUACUGAACAACAUAAUCGUAUUUUAUAUGAUGGCUUCAACACACUACAAAAAAGUUGGGACAGAGAGCAGAGGCCAAAUAAAAGUGAAAGGAUUAUCCAAAUUAGAUUAUCCAACUCUUUUGGAAACAGUCCACAAUAAGUUGGUGAGUUGGUAAUAGGUGAGGGUAUCGUGUUUGGGUGUAAAAGGAGCUUCUCAGUCUUUGCAAGCAAAGAUGGGUCAUUUUGACCCAAAUAUGCCAAAUGUCAUGAGAGAAUUGUCAAACAAUUCAAAUAUCACAUUUCUCAAUGCAAGAUUACAUCGAAUUGAUGCCUUUCACCUUCUACCUUAUAAUAUUGUAAAAAGAUUCUGGGAAUCCAGAGAAGACUUGGUUUGUGCAAGUUGCUCAGUGAAAACAUUAUAGUUUCUUUGUACAUUUUUCAGUUAAAUAAAGGUUCAAGAGAAAUCACAGAUUCUUGAUUUUAUUGCAUUUUUCAAAAUGUCCCAACUAUUCUGGAAAUAUGGUUGUAUUUUGUUGUAGAAUAACUAUCUUAAGCUUGUUUUAAGCACAGAGACCUUAUUUCAGUCAUUUAACCAACAGCCCGUUAAAAAAAAUCCAUUGACUUUGGGACGAUGGAGCUGGAAGUUCUAAAAUGCAACUUGUUUCCAUGGCCUACAAAAAAAUAUAUCAUCCCUGUUAGACUCUUUUUGUUGUCUAAAAUAUGUGUGAUAUUUUCGUAUAUGAUACCUUUUAUAUUUACCUUUUUACGGAUUAUAAUUUUUUUUGUUUUGUGACGAUCUACUUUGAUUUUCCUGGCCAGUAAUAUGGAAAUCUUCAGUGUUUUUUUUAUUUAUUUUUUUUAGCUAUUUAGCUUUUAGCUAUUCAGUAUGUCUAUAUAGAAACUGACAUCUAUGCUGAGAAAUAUUGACUAGAGUGAAUGUGACAACUUUUUCAGAUUUUGUACAAAAUAAGCACUUAUUCAGUACUGUUUCCUGUGAGAGCUAAUAGCCAUUAACUUGAGGUAAAUGUUUCUAAAUAGCGUUCACAUAUAUAAUUUACUGAAUCUAUUACUCUGCUUUUAAGGUUGUUAUUAAUGUCGGGGAAACUGUUUUUUAAGAGAAUCGAAAUGUGAAUGUGACACUGCAAUUGCAUUUACUGUUUUAUUUCCUGUGAAUGUUCUAGUUUUCAUAUGCACUUUUGUAUUUUUAUAAACAUAUUUUAAUGUUUUAGUAGCAUAUAUUUGUUGAACUUCAAUCAUAAAUACUUUUUAUGCAUUUUAUGCUAUUUUAAUACUGUUUAUGUGACCUAUUCAAGGACAGAAGUUUAUGGAUAUUCAACAUAACAUGUCCCAUGAUGCACCAGCAGCAGACUAGAGUAUGACAUAAAAUAUCCUAACUGAAUCGCAUUUAAGUGCAUUUUACAUGUUUUUGCAUGAUAUAGUACGUCAAAAAUAAAUUGUUUCUAAUAUUUUUAAAUGA